ACGGGAUGGCGUGUUUGCCUUUGAUUACUUUAGUAGAAAUACUUUUUUGGAAGGUUUCUUCGAAAAUAUUUUAUAUAGAACAAUCUGAUAGGUUUAGUGGGUGUUUGGUUUCACCUCCAAACAAUUUAGUACUUGUUACUAGACGGAACAAACAGAACCUAUAAUUUUUUGUUUGUGUCAAUGGUGGAAAGGACUCAAUUUUAGAUCCAAGGCAACGGAGAUUCAAACAUUAUUUAAAAUGGUUUAUUUUGCAUUUUUCUUUCUUGUUAACUUGUCGUUUUCGUUUAUUUUGGGCGAUUUUGAGUGGAAAUGUUCAUGCGAUAAACAAACAGGCCUCUAAUUUAUUAACAGAAACGGUCCAACUUGAAAAGUCUUGUGCAAACAAGUCAAUGCCAGAAACUUCAAUGAAACCUUCAGUCUCGGUAAGAAGUGGAAGCUCAUUUUGCAGCAUUAACUAUUCCACUAUAAUGUGCAAAAUCAACCUAUUUCUCCAAAAGUGUAGGAUUUGUGCCUACCAUGAUAUACAGCCGUAAGAUUUGCAGGUUGAUACGGACUAAGGAGAAAAAAUAUUUUUAACUUAAUUAUCAUAACGGUUCGAGACUCCCCAAGUUCAGGAGCCUGAAAGGUUUUCAUUCAAGCGCUUCUUUCUUAACGUGUUAUCUCUGUUCUCAUUCAAGAACUCAAGACCAACGAUACAGUCUCUCUCCCUCAGUGUCUGUUCAUAGUAUUUCUAAGCACUCAACUACUCAAGCAAUGAUGAUUGAUAAACAACAGCACCCAACGAUCGAACAAAAGCUUGCUGGCCAGCUUCACUCGAGAUCCAGCUCCAACCUUUCCCCACAUGUUGGAACUUGUUACGGAGGUUUGAAAAGGCUAGCUCUGUUUCAGCAGCGAUUCUCUCCUGAAAAUUAUUCAAAUGCAGGGUUACAGUUCCCUGUCAUGCCCGCAUGCAAUGCCACAAACUACAUGCAUUCUGCAGGUUCACCUGUGUUCGUCCCAUCCCCUUCGGAGAAAAACUGGGGAAGCUUUGCCACCGAUUUUCUCAUGGGUGGAGUUUCUGCGGCAGUGUCCAAGAGUGCGGCUGCUCCUAUUGAGCGUGUAAAGCUUCUCAUUCAAAAUCAGGAUGAGAUGAUCAAAGCGGGCCGGCUCUCUGAACCCUACAAGGGCAUUGGAGAUUGCUUUGGAAGAACAAUCAAAGAUGAAGGGUUUGUUUCAUUGUGGAGAGGGAACACUGCUAAUGUUAUCCGUUACUUCCCAACACAGGCCUUGAAUUUUGCAUUUAAAGACUACUUUAAGAAGCUGUUCAACUUCAAGAAAGACAGGGAUGGAUACUGGAAAUGGUUUGCAGGGAACAUAGCAUCUGGUGGUGCAGCAGGAGCUGUGUCUUCGGUGUUUGUAUAUUCAUUGGAUUACGCUCGAACCCGCCUCGCCAAUGAUGCCAAGGCUGGAAAAAAGGGUGGUGGAGAGAGGCAAUUCAAUGGCUUGAUCGAUGUCUACAGGAAGACUCUUCAAUCAGACGGUGUUGCUGGCCUCUACCGUGGCUUCAACGUUUCUUGCGUUGGAAUCAUUGUCUACCGUGGUUUAUACUUUGGCAUGUAUGAUUCUCUGAAACCAGUGCUCUUGGUGGGAACUUUGGAGGAUAGUUUCUUGGCUAGCUUUGCUUUGGGGUGGGUGGUUACUAUCAGUGCAAGCAUUGCCUCGUACCCGUUGGAUACGGUUCGCAGAAGAAUGAUGAUGACAUCGGGUGAAGCUGUGAAGUACAAAAGCUCUUUGGAUGCAUUGUCGCAAAUUGUGAAGAAUGAAGGUUCAAAAUCUCUCUUCAAGGGUGCCGGCGCAAACAUCCUUCGUGCAGUUGCAGGUGCUGGUGUGCUUGCUGGUUAUGACAAACUUCAGUUACUUGUUCUUGGAAAGAAGUAUGGUUCUGGUGGGGCUUGAUUAUCACAAAGUGUCAUAUACUAACAAUAUCUGUGGUACCAAAACUGCAUUCAAAGUUUUUUUAUCAUUAAAUAUAGGUAUAAUUAUUGAUUUGGUCUCCCAAUUUUUUGAGUUUGUACAAUUUGGUCUCCGAAUUUUUGGAAGGUUCAAUUUGGUUCCCGAGUUUUUAGAAGGUUCAGUUUCAUACUCUUAUUUUUUAAAGUGAUUCAGUUUGGUACCUUCCGUUAUAUUACAGUUAAUGCCGUUUGUAUACUAGUGAACUAUCACUGUGCAAUAAAAACUUGGGUGAAGUUGUUAA